AUGUGUACGUACAAUAGCUCACACAGCUGAUCUAGAAUCAUGAAGUUCCUCGUGCUCCUGGCUCUGGUAGGCGCCGCGUGCGCAUUGCCCCUGGACGCCCCGCAGCCCGUCGAGGACACGCCGGAGGUGGCGCAGGCGAAGGCCGACUUCCAGGUGGCCUACGACGCCGCCGCCGCUGCCGCCGCUGCCGGCGCCGUCCCCGAGCUGGUGGUGCCCGAGGGCGCCCCGGCGGCCGUCGACGACACCGCGGAGGUCGCUGCCGCCAAGGCCGCUUUCCAGGCGGAGUUCGAACGCGCCGCCGCCGCCGCCGAGGCCGCCCCCGACUUCGACCUGGACGGCGCCCUCUCCACCUACAGCGGCUACCUCUCCACCGUCAACGGCAGGCUGUCGCCCUUCUUCACCAACACGCUGCCCUACGGAGCCUUCGGCCUCCAUGCCCCCGUGGUCGCUGGCGCCCCCGUGGUAUCCGGCGCCCCUGUGGUCGCGGGCACCCCUCUUGCCUACAGCGGCCUCCACGCCUUCCCCGGCGCCUACGGCUUCCCCGGCGCCUACGGCUUCCCCGGCGCCUACGGCUUCCCCGGCGUCGUCGGGUCCCCCUUCGUGCAGGUCGCCAAGGCCGAGUAGACCGGCCGGACGCCCUCCCGUGUGAGAGUUUUGUACAGUGCAUGACACACGUCUUUCUUUUCUCCAACUUUC